AUGGGGUUCGCCGAGCUUCUGAAUUCGAUUGACUGGGAACAUGAAUCGUAUCCAGCUUACGAAGAUUAUAUUGUUCUUCCGCUUUUUGCUUUCUUCUUCCCCACUGUCCGGUUCUUCCUAGACAGAUUCGUAUUCGAGAAAGUGGGGAAAAGAUUGAUAUUUGGAAAGGGAUAUCAGAUUGUGGAGGAUGAUGCAGCAGACAGAAAGAAGAAGAUAAGGAAAUUCAAAGAAUCAGCAUGGAAAUGCAUCUACUUCCUUUCAGCUGAGAUUUUAGCUUUAUCUGUCACUUAUAAUGAGCCUUGGUUUACAAACACAAAAAACUUUUGGGUGGGACCAGGAAAUCAAGUCUGGCCAGAUCAGCAAAUGAAGUUAAAGUUGAAAGGAUUAUACAUGUACUCUGCUGGAUUUUAUACAUACUCAAUAUUUGCUCUCAUAUUUUGGGAGACAAGGCGUUCUGACUUUGGGGUCUCCAUGAGCCAUCAUGUUGCUACCGUCAUUCUCAUUAUUCUUUCCUACAUAUUCAGAUUUGGUCGUGUGGGUUCAGUUGUCUUAGCUCUUCAUGACGCUAGUGAUGUAUUCCUGGAGGUAGGAAAAAUGUCCAAGUAUAGUGGUGCUGAAGGCAUAGCAAGCUUUGCAUUUAUUCUUUUCGUACUAUCGUGGAUCUUGCUACGGCUCAUUUACUAUCCAUUUUGGGUCCUCUGGAGUACAAGCUAUGAAGUUGUCUUGACGUUGGACAAGAAGAGGCAUGACUGGGAGGGUCCGAUCUAUUAUUACGUGUUUAAUUCUCUUCUAUACUGCUUGCUUGUGCUUCACAUAUAUUGGUGGGUCUUGAUCUAUCGGAUGCUGGUCAGGCAAAUCCAAGCAAGGGGACAGCUAAGUGACGAUGUUCGGUCUGAUUCUGAGGGUGAAGGUGAACAUGAAGAUUGA